GUAAUUUUUUAAUCUCAGCUUUUCAGCGAUUUAAAGGAGUUUCUUUUUCAAUUGUCCUUCUUUUCCUCCUCUUUAUCAUACAUUAAGAUGCCUUCACUCGAUUUUAGUCCAGAAAGGCCAUUUGGGGUUUAUUUAUUUGACUACUUUAACAAAUUUUACACAUUUAUUGUGGGAAGUCCAGCCACAGAAUUCCACUUUAUCGAAGGUGUUACGCCCCUCUCCACUUUACAAGAAGUUAUUAUUGGAUGCAUUACCUAUCUUGUUGUAAUUUUCGGUGGUCAAUAUUUGCUUACAAACGCGUCUCCAAUGAAGCUGAAAUUUCUUAAUCAAGUUCACAACCUCUUCUUGACGGUGAUUUCCUUCAUUCUUUUGCUUUUGACGAUUGAGCAACUCUUUCCCAAGCUAUAUUAUCACGGUUUGUAUUAUACUAUCUGUUCUGAAGAAGCUUGGACACAAAAAUUGGAGUUAUUGUACUAUCUCAACUAUUUGGUCAAGUACUAUGAGCUUAUUGACACUGUAUUCUUGGUGUUGAAGAAGAAGAAGCUUGAAUUUUUGCACUAUUUCCAUCACAGUAUGACCAUGGCGUUGUGUUACACUCAGCUGGUUGGCAGAACCACUGUUUCCUGGGUUCCUAUCACACUCAACUUGACUGUUCACGUCUUGAUGUACUAUUACUAUUUCCGCACUGCUUCCGGUGCUAAAGUUUGGUGGAAAAAGUACCUUACAACCAUGCAAAUUAUUCAAUUUGUCAUCGAUCUUAUUGUCAUCUAUUCGUGUACCUAUUCGUACUAUGCUUACACCUACACCAACAGCGCUUUCCCCAAUUUUGGUACCUGUGCUGGAACAGAAAGCGCUGCCGCUUUUGGUUGUGCCAUUCUAACAUCCUAUCUUUUAUUGUUCAUCAACUUUUACAGAAUUACAUACAAAAAGAAGAAUGCUGUUCCUAGUAAAGCACCUGCAGCAAAGGUUGACACUGUCAAAAAGAGCAAAAAGAUCUAAUAUAUUUGUGAAUACGCUUUCUUUUUUUUUUUCUUUUCUUAGAUGUAGAUUUUUCUUUCAAAAAAAUAAAUAACAAAUAAAUACCAAAGCAUUUAUAUUAUCUUUUCUACUUUGUCAUUGUCGGUUUCUGCCUCCGGAU